AGCUAAAAUUUUUCCAAUGAAUCAAAAACAUAAAGCCGCAAAUAAAAAAGAAUUUUGUGCACCAAUCAAGGAUCAAAGUGAAAUUGAAAACCUUGCAUUUUACGAGCAUCAGGUUUAUGGUCAUGCGUUUAACGGCAAUAUAGGCGCUCCAGUUCAUGAAAAGCUGCGAAAUGGUGCUAAAGUAUUAGAAUUUGGGACAGGCAUUUGGACUAUUGAAGUUGCCGAUGAGUAUCCGAAUUCGAAGUUUUACGCAAUUGAUUUUACCGCGAAAAAUUCUAUUGAAAAUAUUAAAUUUAUUAAUUAUGAUAUUCAUCAAAAACUACCAUUUCCUGAUAAUGAAUUUGAUUAUAUCUUUUCUAGAAAUAAAACAAGUUUCUUUUCAAAGGAUAUUUUUCAAAGAUGUUUAUUUGAAGUCCUUAGAGUAUUAAAACCAGGCGGCUGGUUAGAAGUUGGACUUACAUUUCGUAAUAAUGAAUUUGUUCCUGGACCAGCCCUCACACGAUUAGAUAACGCAUAUGCUUUGUGGCAUAAGAGAUAUGGAUUUAACCCCGAUCUAAUAUUAAACUUAGAAGAUCACCUUAAAAUGAUUGGAAAAACCGAAUCUAUAUCAUCUCAGACAUUACACUUCGCAGUUGGAAACGAUCAUUUUGGAGAGUUUUCUUAUGAAAUUUUUUUAUACCAUAUAAGACUUUUGAAAGAAGCUUUUGCUCCUAUUAUGGGAAUUUCAUUUGAAGAAUAUGACCACUUUGUAGGAGAAAUUGAAAAUGAAAUGAAUGAACGACUUGGCGAAAUAAUUUAUAGACACAAAAAAGUACUUGCAAGAAAGAAAGAUAUGGGCAUUAUUAAGGAUGCUUAA